CGUAGUUUCCGGACAUAUGUCUAUCUUGUGAAGUUUCACUUAUAAAAUAACUUCUUUGUUCUUAUUAAACCAGCCCAGAAUGGCGUUUCAGUGUCAGCGAGACUGCUAUAUGAGAGAGUUCGUGACCUCCGUGGUGUCCUGCUGCCCUGCUGAGCUCAAGCACGAAGUCAACGGGAAGAAGGAGACUCUGAAAGGUUUUAAUGUCAAGCUCCAAGAUACCAUUCUGUUUCCUGAGGGAGGUGGUCAACCAGAUGACCAUGGACUGAUUGGCGACGUGGCGGUCUUGAGGGUCACCAGGCAGGGCCCAGACGCUGUGCACUUUGUGGGUUCGGCCCUGGAGGUGGGUCAGGAGGUGCAGGUCAGAGUGGACUGGGAGAGGAGGUUCGAUCACAUGCAGCAACACUCAGGUCAGCAUCUGAUCACUGCUUUGGCAGACACAAUGUUUGGAUACAAAACCACAUCCUGGGAACUGGGCCGUCAGAGAAGCAGCAUCGAACUGGAUACUGCCUCAAUGAAACCCGCUCAGCUGAAAGAGCUGGAGGAAGCUGUCAAUGAGAAGAUCCGAGCUCACGUUCCUGUCACCGUUCAGCUGCUGUCUAUAGAUGAUCCAGCAGUGGAAAAAGUGAGGAGUCGAGGACUUCCUGAUGACCAUGCAGGCCCCAUCAGGAUCAUUGACAUCGAUGGAGUUGAUGCCAACAUGUGCUGUGGGACCCACGUGUCUAACCUCAGUCACCUACAGGUCAUAAAGUUACUGGGGACUGAGAAAGGAAAGAAAAACAAAACCAACCUGAUCUUCCUGGCAGGGAACAGAGUGUUGAAGUACGCAGAGAAAAGCUACAGCACCGAGCGAUCGCUGGUGUCUCUUCUGAAGACGGGACCAGACGAGCACGUCGAGGCUGUAGACAAGUUGCAGAAAUCUGCGAAGCUGCUCCAGAAAACUAACCUGAGCCUGCUGCGAGACAUGGCCGUCCUCAUCGCUCAGAACUUCAAGAAUGAUCCAGAGAGAGGGAACUUCUUCAGUUUGCACAAAAAGGAAGGCGAUAACGAGUUCAUGAAUAUAAUUGCCAAUGAAAUAAACACUGAGGAAACGCUGGUUUUCCUGACGGUUGGAGAAGAGAAGGGACCCGGUUUGUUUCUGCUGGCCGGACCCGGUGGAGCGGUGAGCGAGCUGGGCCCACGGGUUCUGGAGCUGCUCCAGGGGAAGGGCGCUGGGAAGAACGGCCGCUUCCAAGGCAAAGCCAACAGCCUGGCAGGGAGAGGCGAGGUGGAGGCUCUCCUGAGGGAGCACAGCCAACGCCGCUCUUCAGGGGAGGAGUGAUAACGCCACGGAGGCAACGUGCUGAUUGUUUCCUAACUGUCUUAAAGAUCCGCUCUACUAAGUUUAAUUUUUUUAAUCUUGACAUGAGGAAAAUGAGCUGCUGGCGUCAUCGCACUACAUCCAGUUUCCAGUCACAAAGAUUCAGUUUUUUUAACAUCUCAUGUGAGAGAAGAUCUCACGACUGAAGACUGAAGCCACUUAAAGCCAGUAGGUUUUAUUUAAAGGGAGGAUAGGACUUCCGUCCCUGCAAUGUGAUAAGAGAGGAGUUUUAGUAUUUAUAAAAUACAGAGAAAGGAAUAUUUUUGUUUUGUGGUAAUGAAAUGAUCUCUUCAGGUGGUCAUGUCGUUCUUUGGAUGUACAUUACAUUACUGGGACUUCUUCACUUAUUCAAACAGUUUCUCAUCUUGUCAUGUUAAACCAUUUCACAUGUUUACUCGUGAUCGUCUGUUUCAAAUUUACACUUCAUAAAUGUAUCAAUACCCAGAUUAAUGGCACCAUAACUUGGAAUAAAACAUGCAAUAAAUCUAUUUUCUGAC